ACUAGUUCUCUCAUACGUUUAUGCUCCAUGUGCAACAAAAUUCCUAGGAGUGCAUUGAGAGAUUGAUUUGCCGACGACAAUUCAUCUGUUUUGUGUCACAUUUUUCGUAUUUUUCGUAUUUUUCGUGACUACAUCAAGCGGAGAUCAAUCCCGCCGAGAUGCUGAAUCAAGUAUUGCGGCCGAUCGCUCGCAAUUUGGCCAGAAACAGUGCUCGUUUCUCCAGUACAAAACCAGCAGAUAUUAAACUGGCAACAAUAAAUGACAUACCUGUAUCAUGUGGCUCAUGGAAAGAACACUACGAUGCAAGACAGAAGGUUUACAAUACUCAAUUAAUUGCUGGUUUGGCUGUAUUCAUUAGCACCAUAGCUUACAUCAAAUUUUCGGGUGUUAUCUUCUUUAACUUUUUCCCACCUGACGAGUCUGAGCUUGAAAAGAAAUGAACAUUUUUACAAAAUAUUAGAUAAUUAAAAUAGAUAUAAAAGCAAUCUGGUAACAGCCUUGAGCUGUUGAGAAUGUUAUCUACUUUAAUGUAUGAGUGCAACAUGCAAUAACUUCUCAAUAAAUAGUUCAUAUUUAUGAAC